CCGUAAUCAAUUUUUAAAAAUUGAGGGGUUUGCAAACUGUGUAGCUAACUAUGACUUGUCACCAUUUCCUCCACCAAGAUUCAUUUUCUCUAUAUAAUAGUGAAAUUUCCUCCUCAUGAACAUAUCCACCAUUCAAAGCUCUUUCUCUCUGCAAAUCUUCCAUCAUUUCCAUAGCUUUCUUCUUCUUGUCAUUUCCUUUAAAUCUUUUUGGUUGGAUAUUUUGUAUUUUAACACUUCAUAAAGUAGUCAUCACUAAACAACAUAUAUACACAUACAAAGAGAUGGAUGCUGAAAAGAAGAGUGCCCAUUUUCGCCAAAUCUCAUCUUAUAAACCACAAUUACUUGUCCUCUCCUCAAUCCAAGAAAACCCUUCUUCAAAAAUCUCAGAAAAAGCCAAUAUCAAAGCUGACAAUGACGCCGAGAUUGGAGUUUUCGGAGCAGAAAAGUACUUCAGCAUGAAGCUAGAUCAUGUUGAUUCCACGGCGGAUAUCACCAAGCAACAUGAAAAGGAAAACACACAUGAUCAUCCUAAUGCUAAUCCUAAUCCUAAUCCUAAUCCUCAUCCUCAUCCUCAUCCCCAGUUGACGAAAACGACGUCGUCAAGAUCAAAAACAAGCCGACAUGGAACGCCAAGUGUAAGAUCCGAGUCAAGUUGCAACAGUCAAACCUUUCUCAUGAGGAUUAACAACCACAAUGAAAAUAAGCAACGGAAAAUGAACGAUACGAGCAUCUCUUUUGGUGGGUUUAGAUGUUACGGUCCCUGCUCUGGGGUCAAAACCGUCCAUACCGACCCAAAAAACUCCUGUAAAAGUAGAAAUUCCGAUCGGGAUUUUGUUGCUUACGACGCAAGAAAGCACAACGACAAACCAAGACUCCAUUUUGAAGCCAAGAAAGCGGAUUUUCAUGCGCAAGAGAAGAUUUCAUUACCUAUUCAAAGGUCCGAUAUCGCCAUGAACCUCGAGAGAAAGCUCUCUCUGCUUACAUGGGACGCAAUACCAAACCAACUCUCUACCAAGAACAACAAUCACAACAAUAAUGGUAAUAACUCUUCAAUGAGUAGCAACACGCAAGAGGAAGAGACAGCAAGUGUAGCAAGUUCUGAUUUGUUCGAGAUUGAGAACAUAACGAGCAGUGUCUAUGAGCCGAGUGAGGCCAGCAUUGGAUGGAGUGUGGUAACGGGAAGUAUGGCAGAUCAAUCGGUGAUUUCGGAUUUCGAUAUGAUGAAGAGGGUCACGAGAAAUGGUCCGGUGGUUAAAACCAAACCGGUGAUUGGUGAGAAAGUCCGGUCGGCUGGGUUUUUGUCGGGUUGUAAGAGUCACAAAGCUGUCUCGGUUGUUGAUAGUUCUAGAAAAGUGAAAGAAACAGCCAAGGUUGAUCAUCACGAGAUGUCUCAUCAGAAGAAGUUUAAAACUGAGAUUAGGAUUCAAGACUUGAGCUUUCUUUAAUAAACAAUGUUUGUGUAUGUGUGUGUUCUUAAUUAGUUUUCAUCAAAUAUUUUUGUAAUAUUUCUUCGUGAGUAUGCUAAUGAUUUUGAUAAUUUUAGUCACUUGGUUUAUAUAAUAAACCCUACAAUUAUGGUUAUCGUUGAAAAAAAAUAGUGGAUAAUAAAACAAAGCUAUGAUAAUGGUGAUUUUCGGGG